CAGGACUCCACAUUCCCAGAAACCCAAAUCAGUGACAGCUCCUCUGCUCCUCCUCUCUUCCUCUUCUUCUUCUUCUUCUUCUUCAGCUGCUGGACUUUUCUUCUUCUUCGGUGGCGUGAACCAUGGAGCUGUCGGAUAUGUCUUUCCCCAUCCCCGCCGCGGACGACUUCUACGACGACCCGUGCUUCGACACCAGCGACAUGCGCUUCUUCGAGGACCUGGACCCGCGGCUGGUGCACGCGGGCCUCCUGAAGCCGGACGACUCCUCCUCCUCUCGCUCUCCCUCCCCCUCCUCCGCCUCCUCCUCCUCCUCCCCCUCACUCCUGCACCUCCAUCACCGCGCCGAGGCGGAGGACGACGAGCACGUCCGCGCGCCCAGCGGGCACCACCAGGCGGGUCGCUGCCUGUUGUGGGCCUGCAAGGCCUGCAAGCGGAAGACCACCAACGCGGACCGGCGCAAGGCCGCCACGCUGCGGGAGCGCCGGCGGCUCAGCAAGGUGAACGACGCCUUCGAGACCCUGAAGCGCUGCACGUCGGCCAACCCCAACCAGCGGCUGCCCAAGGUGGAGAUCCUGCGCAACGCCAUCAGCUACAUCGAGUCCCUGCAGGCGCUGCUGCGCGGCGGCGGCGGCCAGGACGACGGCUUCUACCCGGCGCUGCUGGAGCACUACAGCGGGGACUCCGACGCCUCCAGCCCGCGGUCCAACUGCUCCGACGGCAUGACGGAUUUCAACGGGCCGACCUGUCAAUCAAACAGAAGAGGAAGUUAUGACAGCUCUUAUUUCUCCGAGACUCCAAACGGAGGUCUGAAGAGCCACCGGAGCUCCGUGGUCUCCAGCCUGGACUGCCUCUCCAGCAUCGUGGAGCGGAUCUCCACCGACAGCAGCAGCCUGCAGCCGGCCUCCUCCUCCACCUCCUCCGACUCGGACCCCCCCGCCGCCGAGGCAGCUGCCCCCGUCAUCGUGGCCUCCCCCACAACCAGCCAGGACCCCAACCUGAUCUAUCAAGUCCUAUAGGCACCUGCCCCCCCCUGCACACUUUCCACUGACUCUCAUUUGGUUUGAACGUACAUUACAUGGAAUGUAUGGAAGCUCAUUCCUGGCGGGGAAAUAAUCAUAAGAAUAAUAAGUGUUUACUAAUCCCAGUCUUCAUCGUCGAUGGACUUUGACAUUUUAUAGAUUUUAUUGUUUUAACAAAACUGAUGAAGAUCAGGAGAAAUAGUCAAAAGAUCAGGAAAUACAAAACCGUUAUUUCUGAACAUUCAGUCUUAAUUCAACAGCUUCUAAAUACGGAAGUUGAGAACAAAUUACAAAUAAUCAUUUUCUAAAUAUGAAUACCAAGAUGAAAUUAGAAUGAAACGAUAUGUUGUUAAUUCGAGUUAAAGGAGGAAUUUAGUGUUUCAAGAGGAAAUGUUAGAAAGUGUCAAAGCUGAUUCCAUCAUUCCAACGUUUCCGUUCACUCGUUUUAUUUUCCUGCAGGAAUGACCUUCCUGAACAUUCUACUGCUGUCAGAGUACAUUUUUAUAUUAAGGCCAAAACCACUUGAAUGCUGGGAGUUGUAGUUUUUUGGUCCAGUUCCUGCUGUAUUUUUCUAUAGAUUUAAGUUAUGAGGAAACAUUUUAAAGGUCCGUAUGUUAAUAACAUACUUUCCGUAAAAUAAAUUAAUCUUAUUUGAUGAUGGAUGGAGGCCAAAAAAAACUCAAUUUACAUUCCUCCACUUUUGUCCAUCUGAAGUCAUAAAAGGCCCAGCUGUUCACAGGACAACAACAUCUGCAAUAAUCCUGUGACAUUUAAGAAGAGAAAACACGUACAAUUCUUCUGUUCCUGUACAUAACGUGUAAAUAAGAGCUGAUUCGUUCCAACUGAACCUAUUAAUUAUGUAUUUAAUGUUUCUCUCUGUGCUUUUGUUUGUUGUGAAAAUGUUUAACUUUAUAUUUAUACAUCUGAAAAACUGAGUGAUUGUCUAAUGCCAAUAAAUGAACCUGCUUAUUUAUACAAAAAACACAACUCUGCUUGUUUUAUGAUAAAUGCAUUAUUUUACUGUUAUAAAAAUUAAGCAUUUUUUCAUGCAGGGAAAUUAAAUUGUUGUUGUUCGUGUUAAAGCUACAGACACACAUGUGUGU